GUGAAGACUCGACUUCAGAGUCCAGUGAGCCCGAGAUAAUUCCCCGUUAUUCAAGUGUCGAAAGCCAGCAAAAGAUUGAAAAGUUUGUGAAUGAUGUAGUGAAAAUCCAGGAGGAGACCCUGAAAGACCAGCAGCAAAAUGCUGGAAGAAAAACUGAGACAGCUACUGAGAACCAGCAAAAAGGAUCCAAUGCAGAUAUAGUAGACCAAGCUGCUUUACCAUUGAGUUUGGACAGAGGGGGUAAUGCUGAGUUUGUGCGGUCAGAAGAAGAGAUUUUCUCACCAUCACUGGAUACUUCUGACCAGUUGCAGAGCACAGUCUUCAACAGCGAUAUUACAGAUUUAUCAUCAAACAAGGUGCCUGCUGAGAGGGUUCUAGUGACAGAACUGGUAAAGGCAAACACCAUAGAGACCAUCUGCUUAGAAGAGGAGAGGAAAUUAUAUAUUGAUGAUCUACCUGACCUGGAAGAUGUAAAUGUAAGUAACUCAUCAGAACCGGAACAGACCUCAAGCUGCAAGACUAUCUAUCGGCCAAAGAUUGAGAUCAUUGCUGCUGCAUAUGAUGAUAGUGAGUUAGACAUGGAGGAAGAUAUAGGAGUUCUCUUACAGGACGUUCAAGAUGAAAUAAAUGAAGAAACCUCAGCAGAUCAAAAAGAGAAUGAAGGUGGAGAUACAACUAGCCAAAAUAAACCAAUUGGAACUUUAGAAGAAAAGUGUGCGACACAACUAAGUACUAGCAAAACAGGAAGCUUGUUAACGAAUGAGAGAAAUGUAGAAAUAACAACACUUGAACUGAAUAUCAGCAGCACUCCACCAGGGACACCUGAGGAAGACCAACCUACAAGAAUACUCAUAGAGGAAAUCUCCAGCCAAUCCGUAACUGAGAGCACUAAGCAAAUUACGCCACUGGCUCAAGGAAAUUUCACUCAUCACGGUCCAGAAGGAGAAAAAAUUGAAGAAGAAUUAGCAGUUUUGGAGAUUGAUCACGUUCACACUGAAGACAUUGAGUUUGGCCUGGACUGAUGAUAUUAACCAAUGAGAAAAGACUCCAGUUUACGGAAGAUUUAUUUAACAGUUGUAACUGCUUUGGUAAAUUACAGUGUUUUAAGGUGUUCUAAAAUGUGCUGUUAAGUCUAUUUUUGACUGUUAUUUCAAUAAAUUACUUUAUUCCUUUAGAGGCCUGCAAUA